UUUUUUUACUGAAUGAAUGAAUGUAGUUUUAUUAGUAUUAUAAGACACUGAUAAAAAAAUAUUUUUGUAAUUUAUUUUAAUUUGUAUUGCAUUGUGAUAUAAUAAUUAAUAUUCAAAAUCAUCACGCAAAAAAAAAAUGGACCUUAGAGCCGUGAGAAGAAAAUAUAAAGUUUUCUUGUUAAGAUAAUCCGAUGGCAAUGUACCUCACUUAAGAGCAGCAGAGGAAGGGAAACACGGGCAAGUUCCGAUAGUAAAAAUCACAGUAUAUUCAAACAACACGGCCGUGUUGUUUUUAUUACGCACAAAAUGGCGUAUGGCCAGGGUUGGAGAUGGCCUCAUCGUGGCUAUCGGCGAUGUCAAUCUUGUCAACGUCCAGACGGCGGCGGAAUAAAUUGAAGAAAAUCUCUCCGUUCAGACUCUCAUCCCUUCUCCGCCUGGAAAAGGACCCAAACAAAGCCCUUCGUCUCUUCCUCACCCCCAUUUCUGCAAACCCUAAUCCCAAACCCUUCCGCUACUCUUUGCUCUGCUACGACCUAAUCAUCUCGAAGCUCGGCAAGGCCAGGAUGUUCCCGGAGAUGGAGAAGAUCCUCCACCAGUUGAAAAACGACGCCCGCGUCAUCCCGCCGGAGGUGAUCCUCUGCAACGUCAUCACCUACUACGGCCGCGCACGGUUGCCGGACAAAGCCCUCAAGGUGUUCGACGAUAUUCCCGCCUUCCGCUGCCAAAAGACGAUCAAGUCGGUGAACACGCUGCUGAAUGCCCUACUGAAUUGCCGCGCAUUUGACGAGAUGAGGAGGCUUGUGGCGGCGAUUGAUUCUCACGCGCCGCCGGAUGUGUGCACGUAUAAUAUUUUGAUAAACGCCUGCUGUAUAGGGAAUGAUUUGUGGCGGGCACGGAAGGUGUUCGACGAAAUGCCUGAAAGAGGAGUUCAACCAAAUGUGGUGACCUUUGGGACUUUUAUCCAUGGCCUCUGUGCAAAUUCAAAUGUGAAGGAAGCUUUGAGGUUGAAGACAAGAAUGGCGAUCGAAUUCGGCAUUGCUCCGAAUUCGCAUAUUUACACAGCUCUGGCUAAAGCGCUUUGCAAGGUGGGCGAAUUGCACAAGGCGAUCGAGUUGAAGGACGAGAUGUUGGCGAAGAACGCGGGAUCGGAUCCCGCAGUCUACUCGACUCUCAUUGCAGCAUUUUUCAAGGUCGGCCGGAAUAGGGAAGCCGGCGAACUGCUCGAUGAAAUGAAGAGAAACGGGAUCAAGCCGGAUACAGUAACCUACAACGCAAUGAUAAAUGGAUUUUGCAGAGCUAAGGAUAUCGCCUCAGCUUUUCGGGAAUUGAUCGAAAUGGAGAAGGGAGAGUGCAAACCUGACGUUAUUAGUUACAACUUGAUCAUGUCCGCGCUAUGUCGAGAAGGAAAAGCUACCAAAGCCCGCGAGCUAUUGAAAGAUAUGGCGAGAAGGAAGUGCGCCCCGGAUAUUGUCAGCUACCGGGUGGUUUUUGACGGCCUUUGCGACAAGAAACGGUUUGAGGAUGCCGCUAGUCUUUUAGAUGAGAUGAUUUUGCUCGGAUACGUUUGUCCUUGUUCUAGCACGGCUAAAUUUAUCGAUAGAUUGGUCGGGCCGGGCGAGGAUAGGGACGUGUGGGCGUUUUUGGUUCGGUUAGUGAAGAGGAAUUCGGUCGACAGGUGUGUAUGGAGACUCGUUUCUUCGUUGGCUUGCAAUGACGAUAAGAAUAUGGAUGCUGGUAAGCUGUUUAAUGCUCUUAUAAGACAUCGGUAGUCGGAGAUUUAGAGAUUUUGGUUAAAAAGAUUGUUGGUUGAAUCUUGUUUGUAGAUAAAUAAAUAAAUGAUUUCUAUCGCU